AUAAAAUUGUUUCACUUGUCGCUAUUAUCGAUUAAGCAAACAUUUUUCGUUCUUUAUUUAAAAACGAAAGCAAUUAAAAUGGAAUUUUGGGUUUUACCAGUACUAUGUGUGUCUACAGUAGUUAAUUGUGAAGAAAUGGAUUUAAGCCAACUUUCUGCUUUACUCUAUAGUGGAAUGGAUCUCAAUGUAGAUCCAUGUGACAAUUUCAAUGAUUAUGUUUGUAGUAAAUGGCUUGAAAAAAACCCCAGUGUUGCGGAGUACAUUACAAGCUGGGACACGGAGGAUAUGACUAAACUGAAUUCAUUUCAAAUAAUCAGAGAUAUUUUAGAAAGAGAUGAUAUUGUCGAUGAAAAAAGCAAACUCUAUUAUGAAAAGAAAUACUAUGAGGCGUGCAUUGGUACUUCAUUAACACAAGAAAGAGAAAUUUAUUUAGAAAUAUUUUCUGAAACUAACUGCAUAGAACGAUCAUGGCAAGAUGUGGUGAAAUAUUAUGCUAAAAUGAUUGGUGAAACUUUUCUUUUUCAGAUUAUACUAGAUGAUAGUAAAAAUUUGAAUCUUGUAGAACCAUACAAAAGCAGGACCAACUUAAAUCCAUAUGAGUUGUUUGACUUUAGUCUAGUAGACAACUUCUUUGAAUAUCGUUACAAAAUUUCCAGUAUAAAGAAUAAUGAAUACAGGGAACCAUUUCUAGAGUUUAUGAAAAACAUAAAUGAGCUCGUAUAUAAUGAUGGUGAACUUCCAAGUAAUAGUUAUACUGUUGAAGAAUUUCAAGAAUUGUAUGAUUCCAAUUGCCCUUCAAUAAAUUUCAAUUCGAAGAUAAAUUGGACUGAAUUACUUCAACUGCAUGCUGGUGGAAACAAGAAUUUUUUGCAUCCAGCAUUCAAAAUAACAAUUAAUAUUGAUUAUUUUAGUGAAUUGUGUAAAAUUUUAAGUAGUACAUCAUCCUUGACAGUUGUUCAAUACAUGCAAUUCAACUUUGAAUAUUCUUUCGACGUGUUUGCUUGUCUUCAUAAGGGUAUUGGUAAAAACACUUCGCCAGAGAGGAACGCAUUGAGCAGUAAGUCAUAUAACUGUAUAAACCAUUUACCAAUGACACACGGAAUCAGUGAAGAAAUAAUGAAUACUCAGGAAUUCGUCAAACGAAAGACAUAUGUGCAGAAACUCAUGAAAUAUUUAAAACCCAUAUUAAUUAAAGAAAUUAACAAUAGUUGGAUUGACGAUGAACAGAAAAAUUACGCUCUUGAUAUAAUACAAGAAAUACAGUUAAAUGUUGUGAAUUUUAAGCAAGAUUCAGACAGAUACUAUUUAGAGGAUACAUCAAUUUCGUACAAAUUUGAAAUUACUGAUGUUGCUUUUAAGAAUUUGAUUAAUUUUAAAAAGGCUCAAACUGUGCAUAAAUUUAAAAGGGCCCUAGGCAAUCAAAAUUUGAUUAGAGACAAUAAAAGGCAACAUGUCAAAGAUCACAGAGAUAAAAAAAAACGAAUUUCGGCGAACGAAGAGAGAAAUAGAAAUGAUCGAGCAAUAUGAAGAAGAUCUAAAUGCAAUUAUGCUAUCACCAUCAUUUUUAUACGCACCUCAUUUUCAUCGAAAAGCACCAAUCGCCUAUAAUUUGGGAAAAAUGGGAUAUUCUUUCGGACAUGAAAUGUCUCACUCAUUUGAUAUUGCAUACCUUUCAAACAAUUUUGAAA